AUGGGCUGGUUCGAUGACGACUCACACCCUGCUCAAGCUUACGAGGAAGUGACUCAACGUCCUCAUGAGGCAAAGUGGUCCCACGAGCUUAUAGGAGGCGCCGCUGCUUACGAGGCUGCCAAGGCCUACGAGGAGCAUGUUGCUCAGAAUGGUCAACCCGACAGUCACGCCAAGGCCAAAGAGUUUCUAGCUGGCGCUAUCGGAGCCUUUGUUGAUCGUGAGGUUGAGACGCGAGGAUUGGAUUUUGUUGAUAAGGAAGAGGCCAAGCGUCAUGGUAGACGACAUGCGGAAGAGCAGCUGAGCUACAACAAUGAUGCGGGCUGGCAAUAG